AUGCCAAGGCCACCCAACUGGUCAAAGUACCUGCGAAGGAGGCCGGGCACUCAUGACCAAUUAAUUUCUCCCACCUCUCAAUUGGUAUUCUUUUGUCUCUUCCGUCUCUUUGUCUCUCCUCUUUGCCAAAAGGUCCACAUACUCUGUUGUCUCUGUGUGUGUGCUCUGUGUGUGUGCUCUGUGUGUGUGCUCUGUGUCUGUGUCUCUCUCCAUCUCUCUCUGUCUCUGUCUCUGUCUCUCUGUCUCUCUCUGUCUCUCUCUGUCUCUCGCUGUCUCUCGCUGUCUCUCUGUCUCUCUAUCUCUGUCUCUCUCUGUUUCUCUCUGUAUCUCUGUAUUUCUGUAUCUCUCUGUCUCUUUGUCUCUCUCUCUGUGUACCUCUCUCUCUCCUCUCUACCUGUCUCUCUGUCUCAUUGGAUUGCACCAAGUCGUCAAGCCAGCUCGUGGCCCUGCGCCAUGGACGGCUUUGACCUCCCGCCGGGACUUGGCGGGCCGGAGGCAGAUGACGAUCUGGACCUCGAAACCUUCGGCGAUGACGACCUCGACGAUGACUUUGACUUUACCGCCCAUAAUCAGCUGGCGGCGGAGCACGAAAACAUUGUUCAGGCCCAGGGUGGCCGUCAACUGCGCCCUGAAAAUGAGAUCGCCAUGAUGCAGGACCAAGAGGGCCUGCAGCUGGCUGCCUUUGCGCAACAGCGCCAGCUGAAUCAAACCAUACUCGAGCCCACCGGUCCCGCGGAUGAGGAUGAUGACGAGCUUUUUGGUGACACGAUUGUCUCGGCGCUCGACGAUCUGCUCAAGCCAACGGUUGUGGAUGCGGACGAGCUGCUCGCGCCUCAGCGCCGUAAUACGGGCAUGCUGACUGGAGCCAGUCUCUUUGAUAUGAAUAGUGGCUCAGACACCUGGGGCAACGUAGCCGACCUUCUUCUGACCCCCGAGCAAAUCGUGUCCAUGUCCUCGGAUUCAUCCCGUGCGCCCCGUAGCGGCGGUCCAGCCCCCGUCUCUUCCCUUUGGUCCACCGCGCCCUACGCACCAAGCAACCUCACCACUGCGACCAGCGACUGGGGAGCUCCGGCUGUAGUGGCUGCGCAGCCACCUGCCACCUCUCGCCCGGCCCAGCAGCCCCAACAUUAUCAGCCCGCCCGCGUUGAGCCUCCCGCGGCUCGUCCCGUGACACUCCCCGCCCCCGCCGCCCCGGCUCCAGCCAAGCCUGCAGCCCCCAAACCCAUCUCUCUCGAGGAGCUGGAACUGCAAAUGGAACAGCAACUGUCCAUGGCCCCGCCUCAGGCUCAGCCCAAGCCCUCGGCUCACCCCCAGCAGCUGCCCCCCCACCAGGGACAUGCUCCCCCGUCGCAGCGAGCGCCGCAACAACAACAACAACAACAGUACCAGCAACAACAGCAGCAACACCUGCCCCCUCAUUUGCAACAGCAACCGCAACGCGGCGCUCCCAUGCACAUGCAGCAGCAGCAGCAUAUGCAGCAGCAGCAUAUGCAGCAACAGCUCCACAUGCAGCAGCAAAUGCAGCAGCAACAGCACAUGCACCGCAUGGGAGGCCCUGGGGGCCACCCUGCCCAAGUCUCACCACAGCAGAUGCAGCAGGAGAUCAUGAAUCUCGAGGCGUUUCUGGAGCCCCUGGAGCAAGAAAAGGCCAAGAUUCACGCCACGCGUGCUGCUGUCACAGCCCGCAUGGUUGACCUCGCCAAACAGCUCUCUCGCCUCAACCUUCAGGGCAACAAGCGCACUCGCAAAGGACAGCAGACCGAUGCUGAGCCAUCCAAUCUGACGCCAGAGCAACAGGCCAACAAGCAGUCAUUGCAGCAGGAGUUAUCCGAAGCCCGCGAACAGGUGCGCGAUCUCGAGCGCCGCUUCAAGGCUGCUGAAGCCACUCAAGACAAGGCCCGCGAGCAGUUCUUCAACCAGCGCGCUGCCAUGCUGCCCCCGGCCGCUCGCUACUCGCUGCUUCAUAUGCGCGUCAACUUUAUCCAGCACAAGCUGGACACGCUUGGUGCCGGCGUUCGCCAGCUUACUAUGAUGGUCAACCGUCUCUCUCACGAGCACGAGGAGCUCUCCGCCGACAAGAAGAACCCCGAGCGCCAAGCCCGCCUCGACAAGAUCAUGGCCUCCUAUCGCCGCGAACGCCAGCGCCUGGGCCUCUAUGCCGACCUGCGUCGGCCCAUCCUGGAGGAAGCGCGCUUCAUUCGUGCUCGUCUUAACGAGUACCAUCAGAUGCAACACUCGCACAACCUUCCACCGGCCAGCCGCGAACAGGAGCGCUUGGCCAAGUACAGCAACUUGAUGCGCUUCGGUGAGCGUCAGAACCUGAUCACCAUUGCCAUGAAGCAGUCUCAGGGUUCCGACCCGUAUCUGGACGACUUUUACUUUCUCCAUUUUCGUCACCGUCUGGCCGUCAUGCAACAGCAACAACAUGGUGGCCCCCCCGCGGGACCGGCGCCAAGCCCUUCGGAUGCCAGCCUGGCCAGCUUCCCGCUCUUGAACAAGAACCGCCGCUACGAAACCCCCAUCGAAAUCGAUGGUGCUCUUGGCUGCAUGCGCAGUACUGUCUCGCCGCGCGCCCCAAAGACCAUGAUUGCCAAGGUGGCCGUCGCACGGUCCGCAGACUCGUCUGAUGAGGUGGCGACCGAGCGGGCUCAACGUCGCGCAGCUUUGCUUGACAUUGAAGAUGGGUUUUCCGCCUUGCUUGAGAUUGAGGACAUUGAUCGCAGUGCCCACUCUGUGAGCGAGAAGGAACGUCGCGAGCUCUUUGAUGCCCGCAACCGCCUCAUCACCCAGGCCAUGGAGGCCAUUCACGUGGCCUCGACAGCCUCUGGUACCGACUUGGACGAGGACGCCAUUCUCAAGGAGGACCUUGGCUUUGUUCGCGUCAUGUGCUUGCAUAAGAGCAAGGCUCUGGUCGGCCGCUUGUUGGCGGUGAUGCUGCCCGUUCACUUGACCAACUUUUUCCUGGCCAUGAUGCGCACACUCCCCUUGCUGACGCGUGCCGGUCAUGCACUGCCCUAUGCUGACAAUCACGUGGAGAUCUUGAGCCAGGGCGUCGUGCCUACGCUCUGCAAUUUCAUGCAGCAGGUGCAGAUGAUUCAUCUGAACCAAGCUCUCGACGGCCUCCUCCAGGCUUUGCCUCAGGAUGCCGACGAACUCUUGGCCUAUAUCGAUAACGUUGGCAGCAUGAUGUUAUCAGCCAUUUUCACCCGCGCAGACAAGCUUCUCUCGUCGGGCCAGGAGAGCAUGGAAGUGCAGACUGCUUGGGUGAAGAACAUUGGUCAGCUGGCUGAGGCCCUGGCUCCAGGUCUAGCGAUUGCGGCACAAAUGCCGCCUGCGGAGUUCUCCUUUAUUUGGAAUGUAGCCACUGUCUUGGCCACCCAUGGUGGGCCCAAAGCAUUGGCAACGCUUAAGGAUGCUCUCGCACCUUUUGUUCCUUCGCAGGGCCAUCCUGCCGCGCAAAACUUUGCCAAGAUGUGUGGUUUGGCCUGAGCAUGAAUGGCUUUGGCGUGCAACCAGUUAUUGUUUUGUGCUCUUUUGGAGAUUUGGGGUUACCUUGCAAUAUGGGGGUUGUCGUGUGCUUCUGCGCUGAUGUGGGCUGCGCCAGCGUACAACGACGUUUGGUUUGUUUGUCUUUGUGAGUUUUUGCUUUUCUUGUCUCGAAGCCAGGCCUGUCUUGAACUUUUAGUUCCCAUACUUUCCGCACUCGUGGUUGUUUCCGCCCCUUUUUGCUGUUGCGUUUAUGAUUGUGGAAUUGACAUGUGAAUAAA